AUGGAUAAUUUAGAUACUGACACAUACUUUGAAUUUAAGACAUAUGAAGAAUUUCGAAAAGAACGAUUGAAAUUAAAUUAUGAAAAUACAUUAAAAUUAUGGUAUUCAUUACCUAAUAGUCUACCAAUAAAUGAUAAUAAUCUACUCAGACGACAAACACGUAAGCAACAACGAGCACGUUUCAGAAAAAUAAGACAUUAUGCGGUUUAUGCUAUAUUGCCCAAGAAAACAUUUCUUAAGAAGAAAAUUCAGUCAAAAGGUUUGCAACUAUUGAAUGAAACAUUCAAUAUGCCUGCAGCAAAUGAGGAAUUUAUCUAUGAUAUACGUCAAGGAAUGGGUCGAAUCACUACAGAGUUUUGUAAUAAAGGACGACAAUAUGAUGCAACAAUCAGUUCUAAAGAAUUAUUUAAAGCUGGUCGAUGUGUUUGGUUUAUGAUUUCUUUUCGAAUGCAAUGCAAUUUACCUUUAAUUUUAGUUGAUUCUAUGCUUGGUUAUAAUAUGCUUUAUCCAUAUACAGAUGACUUAGUCGAUUGCAACGAUAUAAGUCGAGAAGCAAAAGCUGAUUUCGCAAAACUUUUUCAUGAACGACUAUUGAUUGGUGAACCAACAUAUGAUCCUCAAGUACAUUUUGAUGGAAAACAAUCAAAUGUUGCUGAAUUAAAUUUACCAUCAUCAUUACAAGCACAAGCUGAACGUAUAGUGAAAAUAUUUGAUAUGGUUAAAUUUAUUGAAAAUGAUUGGAGACGUGGUGGUGAAUAUGAAGGUGUUUAUAUGGGUUUAACUACAAUACAUGAAGGGCAAACAAAAUCAAUAUUACAACAUGCAAGAACUGAAGAUAAUUAUGCACCAACUAUGGCACAAAUUGAGCAAAUUAGCGCAGAAAAAGGUGGUGCAUCAUUGCUAGCUGCUGGAUUUUUACUUGAAGGACGAUUAACAAGAGCUCAAGUGGCUUAUUUAGAAUAUUUAGGAUUUGGUUUACAAUUAAUUGAUGAUUUACAAGAUGUAAAAGAAGAUAUGAAAAAUAAUCAUCGAACAAUUUUUACUCAAACUCUUAUUGAAGGUCGAACAUUAGAUGCGCCAACAGCACGUCUUAUACAAUAUUAUUCUUGUACACCAGCAUAUGAAAAAUUUAGUGAUGAUAAUCAACGUAAAGUUUCAUAUCAAGAAACUGAUAUUACAUUCGCUCAAUAUGUUCGAGUUUUAAUGAUAAAGUUUUCUGUUAUGUUGAUUUUAGAAGCUGCUUCUCGAUUACGAAGAUAUUAUUCAAAAGAAUUCUAUCGUGAAUUAUCUUCAUUAAGCCCAUUUACAUUUCAUCAUCUCAAAUUAUUUCGUAUUGAAAAAACACUUUGGACUAUUAUGCAAAAACAAUGGUUUGGAUAA